AUGGGAACUCCAUUGAGUCCCAUUCUGGCACAUAUAUUUAUGGCUCAUCUUGAGGAAAAGGCGAGCAAAAUCCUCCAACGUUCACAACUUUACGAACGAUACGUUGAUCAUGUUCUAGUCAUCACAAUAAGUCUAGAAGAGACAACAUGGAUUAUGGAUGAACUCGAUCGCCUGCAUCCGAAUAUACGAUUUACGAUGGAAGCAGAACGCGAACAUACACUGCACUUCCUCGACAUUAAAAUGACUAGGAAGAAUGAUGGAACAAUCGCUAGAUCUUUUUACCGAAAAGAAACUUGGACAGGACAAUGCUUGCAAUUUGACAGCUUAGUGUCUGUAGAAUAUGAACGUGGUCUGGUCCGAACACUAUUUCAAACAGCACGACAUAUCUGCACAGAAGACAUGAUUGACAACGAACUACGACAGCUGAAAGAAUCUUUGACUGGAAACGCUUAUCCCGAUGCGUUUUUCAAAGGCACAGCAAGCCUAAAGUGA